CUGGAUUUUUCACAUUUUAGUUCUUCCACAAUUCGUGAUAUGGUCGUAAGAUGUGUCACACAAAUGGUGCAUUCGCAAGCCGCAAACAUCAAAUCUGGUUGGAAAAAUGUUUUCUCCGUUUUUCAUUUGGCUGCGUCCGAUCAUGAUGAAGGAAUCGUGGAACUCGCUUUUCAAACAACAGCCACGAUUUUUGAGAAAUAUUUCUCCGCGACCAUCGACUCUUUCCAAGAUGCCGUCAAGUGUCUCUCGGAAUUCGCAUGCAACGCAAGUUUCCCGGACACGAAUGUUUAAAGACUACGGAGUAGAGGAUGCUGGGA